ACACGUACCUGCAAUCCAAGCGAUACUAUCUGCUAGCUAUACCCAUCAAUUACUAUAAAUACACACACACUCACACACAUAUACAAACACCUCUCUAAAGCUCAUCAGUCAAACUGUCAAAGCAUCUUCUUGAGAUAUUUAAAUAAACCCUUUUCUAUUUGGGAAAUGCAAUUUGUGGAUGCUAAAUCAUGGUGGAUGGCAGUAGUAGGUUUGUUGAUGGUGGUUUCAUGCUGGCAAGAACCUGUAGGUGCAGAUGGAUCUCAACAGGUGCCUUGCUUCUUCAUCUUCGGAGAUUCUUUGGCCGAUAAUGGCAAUAAUAAUUUGCUUCAUACUCUUUCUAAAGUCGAUUAUUCCCCUUAUGGAAUUGAUUUUCCAUUUGGCCCUACUGGAAGGUUCACUAAUGGUCGUACUACAGUUGAUGUUAUUGCUGAACUUUUGGGAUUUGAGAAUUAUAUUCCACCAUUUGCGACCGCUGAUGGCUUAGAGAUACUUUUUGGAGUAAAUUAUGCUUCUGGCUCUGCAGGAAUUCUUAAUGAAACUGCACGGCAGUUGGGACAACGUAUACCCCUUGGUACGCAGCUAGAACAUCAUGCAAUAACUGUGUCGCGUUUGGUGAAGAUUUUUGGAAGUGAACGGUCAACUGAUUGGUAUUUGAGUCAAUGCUUGUAUUCUGUUGGAAUGGGUAACAAUGAUUAUAUUAAUAACUACUUUUUGCCUCAAUAUUACAAUACAAGCCAAGAAUAUACUCUCCAACAGUUUACUACUCUUCUUAUUCAACAAUAUAAACAACAACUCAAGACUCUUUAUAACUAUGGAGCUCGAAAAAUUGCAUUAUUUGGGUUGGGGGAAAUAGGAUGCACUCCAAAUGCAAUUAGUACAUAUGGAACAAACGGCUCUUAUUGUGUGGAAAUCAUGGAAGAAGCAUCUCAGUUUUUCAAUAGCAAAUUGAAGUCGGUUGUUGAAGAACUCAAUUCUAAUCUUACAGGUGCCAAAUUCACGUACAUAAACUACUAUUCAAUUGGUGCAGAUUCAUCAUCAGUACUUGAUUUUGAGAAUUCAAGUUCUGGGUGUUGUCCAGUUGCAAGCGAUGGGCAAUGUAUCCCAAAUGGAAUUCCAUGCAAGAAUAGGAAAAAAUAUGCGUUUUGGGAUUCUUUUCAUCCAACUGAGGCUGUCAAUAAAUACAUUGCAGAAAGAUCUUAUAUUGCAUUGAACUCAUCUGAUGCCUAUCCAUUUGAUAUUCAUGAUCUAGUCAUGCUUAAUCUAGCAGAAGUUGCGGCUACCUAUAAUUUUUUUAAAGUCCAUAAUGGAUAUCAUAUUCAAGAUAAUGAGACAGUUGUGUGUUCGCUUCAUUGCCUGGACUUGUUAUAUAUAUAUCUAACCCCCAUUUCAUUUCUGCACAGGCAACAGCCAUUUCUGUUAGCUCAUUCUUCUUCUUCUUCUUCUUCUUCUUCUUCUUCUUAUUAUUUCUUAACAUUCUGCAAGCAAGUUACGGUUUUCAAUUUAAUAUUUGUUUUCUUGAUGGCUUGUCGGAGAAAAUUGCAUCUGCUGGUUGUUUUUCUGUUUAUGGUUGCAAGCUUGACAGAAUAUUGUGUUCAUGGAGAACCAAAAGUGCCUUGUUAUUUCAUUUUUGGAGACUCUUUGGUAGAUAGUGGCAAUAAUAAUAAUCUUGACACUGUAGCUAAAGUUGAUUAUCCGCCGUACGGGAUUGACUUUCCAGACGGUCCAACCGGAAGGUUUACCAAUGGCCGGACCGCAGCUGACGUGAUUGGUGAACUCAUGGGCUUUGAGAAUUUCAUUCCAUCUUUUUUAAGUGCUAACGGUUCAGAAAUACUCAAAGGUGUAAAUUAUGCAUCAGGUUCAGCCGGAAUUCGAAGUGAAACCGGCAAAAAAUUGGGCGUGAAUAUUGACUUGACCACACAGCUACAAAACCACCAAGUUACCAUCUCAAAAAUAGUGGAAAUCCUGGGAAGCCAAGAAUCAGCAAUCGAGCACCUAAAUAAGUGCUUCUACUCAUUUGUAAUCGGUAGUAAUGAUUACAUAAAUAACUAUUUCUUGCCCCAAUUUUACAAUACAAGCACCGAAUAUACUCCUGCUGAAUAUGCACAAGUUCUUAUGCAAGACUAUUCUCAACAUAUUCUGAGUAUAUAUAAUUCUGGAGCAAGAAAGGUGGCCUUGACCGGAAUAGGUCCAAUAGGGUGCACGCCAGGGGCCACGGCUUCCCACGACACAGAUGGAUCCUUAUGUGUUGACUCGAUGAAUCAGGCAGCUAAUCUUUUUAACGACAACCUUCAAUCACUUGUAGAUCAACUAAACGACAAUCUAACUGAUGCAAAAUUUAUCUACUUGAAUACCUAUGGAGUUUUGUCAGAAUACCCUUCUUCUCCUGGUUUUGAGCUUAAAAUAAGUGGAUGUUGUGAAGUAAAUGAGUAUGGCCAAUGCGUUCCUUAUGGGAUUCCAUGCGAGCAUAGAAAUUUGCACUUGUUCUUUGAUUCAUUUCACCCUACAGAGAUUGCAAACAAGAUUGGUGCUGGAAUAUCUUAUCUAUCUUUGAAGAAAAUCUUAUAAUCUUUACUAUAGGGUCGAUCUUUUUAAAUUUUGUAAUUUCAAAUUGUUAAUUCAAUAAUUAAAAAUGUAUGAUUUAAUUUAA